UUGACUAUUGUUUCUCGAGGGAAAGGAAAACUGAUACGCACGUGGAAACGUGUUUUGGUGGAGUGUAGAGAAAAAGUCGUUUGAUUUUCAAGUUUUGUGGUGUAACACAAAAGUAAAGGGCGAAUAAUUUUCUCACUUUAUUAACCAGAUAUGUGUUUAUAAAUCAUAUCCGCGCAACUUUAUAUAUUUGUGUGAAAAUUGAAUAAGUAGCUCUCAAACAACCCGGGAAGAAAGCAUGAAGAAGAAGCACGCUGCAAAGAGCGAGGCGGUGGUUGCUGAUGCCGCUGAGCAGAAGGAUUAUGUUGUUGGCCUGGUGUCAGACAGCCUGACUGCAGAUCAGACCAAACCAGGGUCUCUGUCCUCGCUAUUCUCGGUUGCAGCCACAAAGAACACACUGGUUUUCGUUCCAGCACCAAAACCAGAAGCAAAGGCCAGCCCUAUAAAGCAGGAAGCAGGUUGUGUGCCAGGCGGCAACAAAGCAGUGAAACAGAAGAAGGCAAAACAAAAAUCAGCAGCUGAAAAGAAGCUGGAGGACAGGGAAGAAGCCUUAAAAAAUGCAGAUGAUGCCGAAGAGGAAAAACGUCCAAAGAAAGUCAAGCGCAAAGCUCCAGAAGCAGAUGACGAUGGAGAAACGCUGGAAGAGGCGCAAGCAGUGAAACGGCGUAAAGUUGCCUGGAACAAGGCUGAAGAGAGAAUUAAACUGAAAAGAACUGUAUUUGUUGGCAACCUUCCUGUUAACUGCUCAAAGAAGGAUUUGAAAAAGAUCUUCAAGGAUCUGGGAGCCAUCGAGUCGGUGCGAUUCCGCUCAGUUCUUCGGGAAGAUCCAACGAUGUCACGCAGACUCGCCACUAUCCGACGCCAAGUCGACCCCAAAAAAACAAGCAUCAAUGCCUAUGUGGUGUUCAAGGACGAGGACGGGGCAGCGAACGCUCUACAAAGGAAUGGAAUGGAGAUCCAGAAAGACCUUUACAUCAGAGUGGAUCAAGUUUCCCAGCACGGUUCACAUGACCAUAAGAGGUCUAUCUUUGUGGGCAACCUUCCAUAUGAUAUAACGGAACUGCCUUUGCGCCAGCACUUUGAGGAGUGUGGUAAAGUAGAGGCUGUGCGAUUGGUGAGGGACCGAAAUACCGGGGUGGGAAAAGGCUUCGGUUAUGUUCUGUUUGAGAGCACAGAUGCCAUAAUGUUAGCGCUGAAGCUGAACGGCUCCCAGCUGCUCGACCGGAAGAUCAGGGUGAAACGCUCGGUGAAGAAGGAGAAGGUGAAAAAGGAGAACGAAAAGAGGGGAAGAGGAGCUAAAGGGCAGCGUGGGCGGGAUGCAGCGAGGAAGAAAGGACCACAGCCAGCAAACUUUAAAGGACCCAAGCGUGCUGAAAGCCACAAACCCACAGGAAAGCCCUUCAAGAAAAAUCCUGGGAUGGCCAACAAAACAUCAACGUCCUUCAGAGGAAAUAUGACGGAUCCCAUUUCCAAAAAGGGCAAAGGACUGAAAAAGAAAUUCAAACCUAAGAAAAAGUGUAAACCUGUUCACAUUUAAUUAUUUUCUUAAUGUUUUUACAUUGUGAUCAGAGUUGGACUGAAAAGUAAUUGCAGAGACAUCAGCUUCAUCCAUCUUUUAUUUGUUUUUAAAAAAAAAAAAAAAGAGAGACUCCAUUAUAUUAAUGACCUCAUUAAGAGUAAACACACACACCUUCAGAUGUACCGUCGUGUCGGACAAAUAAUACGUAAUAAAGCCUACAGUGUGGAAAGAAAAAUAGAUGAAUAAAAUUUUGUAGAGUUUUGCUUUAUAGAAAUGGGUCUGUACUCCAAAGCUGAAUUCAUUCACUGUAGAUUUCUAGUGAUUCGCUACAAAUAGAGUUAAGUUAAAUAGUGUUGAGCUCAGCACUAAGAUCCUGGCAAAUGAAUUGAGCUUUGUGGUUCAGUCUAGGGGAGUGCUGUACUUUUUUUUUUCCAUCCACACCCACCCCCACAGAAAUUUGACUCAGAAGUGGGAAGUCUGAACUCAGAAUUUCAUCAAUUUCUUCGAGCUGGGAAAAACCAUGGACACCUUGAUGAAAGAGUGUGUUUUGUUAGCACCAAGUCAGCCAACAUUAGUGAGUUUAUGAUGUAUUUACUUUCUCAAAACAGCGACCUGUAGGGUCAGUGUUAUAGAUUUAACCAACUAAUGUGUCUUAUGUUGAUUGAUCUAAAGUAAAUACUAUUGUUAACCCAUUUAAAGUAGCAAAGUGUCGUUUUAUUUCUCGAGGACAGUGUGAGCAGCCAUGCUGACAUGCCAUCAUAUGCUGAACUCAAGGUUGAGGAGAAAUUUCCGAGUAGGAAUUCCAAGUUGAGGAAUUCCAAGUUGUCCCAGUCGGAGAUUGGAAAUUUUGAUUUAGAUGUUUUAGUUGAACGCAGCUUAUGACCAAUCCUGCCCACCCUCACAGAAGGUUUGACCAAGCCCAGACUGUUUGUACUUAGUAAUUAACUUUGCUGCAUCAAUUUCCCUAAAAUAUAAAGAAAUAAGUCAUUUAAACCACAAGGACUCUGACCAGGAUAAAGAAGAUACUGAAGACGAAUGAUAAAUAUGAAAUUGAUGGUAAACAUUGUAUGAGCAC